AUGGCCGAUGAUCAGCACAAUCAUCCGAGAAUCGUCUACAAUUCACGUCGCUCACCAAGGCUAGCACAGCACCCCGACUACAACCCCUACACCUAUACUCUAUCGGAGUUGCAACCCAAGCCUCGGCGCUGGCGACAAGCAGAUCCCCAAUUCCAGCGACCACUUACACCGCAAUCUAACUCUACCCAAACUGAUGGGCUACAUAAGUCCUCCGGUGACCCUAUCCCGACUUGGCCAUCCACUUCCACCUCGUGCAAGCCGCCAUCCAGGUCACUAUCGGAAAGACACCCUCCUCCACAAGGACCAGAUCACGCAACCCAGUCCCCUUUCCUAGCUCAAGACGAACUCUUCGACUACACGGUGAGCUACGAUCAGUGCCAUGUCUCUGACCAGGCCGGCCCCACCGAAGAGCUACGUCCCCAACCUCAUGAACCCGUGCCUCCUCGGAACCACUACAAUGGUCCAGCAGAAGAACACUCCUCUCGCCAGUUCCCUCCGGACUACUCAUUUGCGAGGCCUACUUUUGCCGUCAAGCAACCCCACUCACCGCUGACCUCUAACGACUACAUCACAGUCCUAUCUAUCAACGGUGAAUGGCACCAGAUCCCCGUAAACCCUACGGCCGAUAUGAGAGCGGACGAUAACAUCCCCCACACCGAGCUCAACCGUAUGGCCGUCCAAUCAACAAACAUGGGCGAGCUUUGGGCCAAGAACAACCCUGCAUUCACUGGUACCGAGAGCGAUUGCACUACCACCACGUCUCUUAUACGUCGAUGGACGCGCUUCUGCCAAGUCCAGUGGCAAUCUACCACAGCCCCAAUCGCGGUAAGGUCGUUCAUCUCUUUUGCUCUCAGCAAGACUCUCAGCAAAGAGAUUCUCGAUCGACAAGCCAUCGAAUUUGAAUGUUUGAGAGUGAUGCUAUCGUUCGACUGA